CGAAGACGGGAUGGCGGCUCCGAGGUCAAGCGCCCGGAGUUGGACGGGGCGGGGCGAAGGCGGCGCUGGAGUCCGGCCCGGCUGUCUGUCUCCAAGGCUUUCCCGAGCCGCCGUCUCCGGCGCAGGUGCAGGUGCAAGGGGCACCGGGCGUCGCUCUCGGGGACGGAAUGAGCGGAAACGUCUUGUGGUUUUUGUCCGCGAACCAGCCCAGGUAGCCGGACGGGCAGAGAGUUUCUCACACGCAGUAACGGCCUGGGAGUGACGUUCAGUGGUGCCUCUGAGCGGGCCGGUCCUCUUUUCUACACUCGUCCUCCUCCGCUUUCCUUUCUACUUCCUCUCCCCCCAGGUUGCCUGCUCUUCUGUUGGGUCACCUGCCGCCCGAUGCCCGCAGUGUCCAGGGUGGCAUUUCCACGCCGCAGGGCGCCACCGACGCGCCCUCUGCACGGGGAGGCGCUGCCUCUCCGAUGAACUGGCCGCAAACCAACCUGAAUUUAAAUUCCUCCCAACACAUUUCCUUCACCACCACCUCUUUACUACCGUCAGUGCAGUUCUUUAGCCUGAAAACCUCAGUGAUUCUGAAAACUUGAGGCGUCUUAUCACCACCUCCCAAUACACUUACAGUCCAGCAACAGUUCCUGUUGCCAACAGAUAAAAAAAUCAGCCCCUCUCUUUUGUCGCCUCUGCUGUCACCGAGCCACAUGGUGGCGCCGCCCUAUCGCCCCUGCAGUCCAUUCUCCAAGCAGCCAGAGUGACCUUCUUAAGAAAUUGAGCAUCAUGAAAGAUGAGCCAGAAGAGGCUGAGCUAAUUUUGCAUGAGGCACUUCGUCUUGCCAUUCAGAGUGACAACAAGAAGGCCAUCAUUUACACUUAUGAUUUGAUGGCCAACUUAGCAUUUAUACGGGGUCAGCUUGAAAAUGCAGAAAAACUUUUUAAAGCAACAAUGAGUUACCUGCUUGGAGGGGGCAUGCAACAGGAAGACAAUGCAAUAAUUGAAAUCUCUCUAAAGUUGGCCAGUAUCUAUGCUGCUCAGAAUCGACAGGAAUUUGCUCUUGCUGGCUAUGAAUUCUGCAUUUCAACUCUAGAGGAAAAAAUUGAAAGAGAAAAGGAAUUAGCAGAAGACAUUUUGUCAGUGGAAGAGAAAGCCAACACCCGCCUCCUCCUCGGCAUGUGCUUAGAUGCUUAUGCUCGCUACCUUCUGUCCUCCAAGCAGCCAUCGCAGGCACAGAGGAUGUAUGAAAAAGCUUUGCAUAUUUCUGAAGAAAUACUAGGAGAAAGACACCCACAGACCAUUGUGCUAAUGAGUGACCUGGCUACCACCCUGGAUGCACAAGGCCACUUUGAUGAAGCCUGUGCGUACGUGCAGAGGGCGUCCGAUCUGGCAAGACAAGUAGGACAUCCUGAGCUGCACAUGGUGCUGAGUAACCUGGCUGCAGUUCUGAUGCACAGAGAACGAUAUGCACAAGCAAAAGAGAUCUACCAGGAAGCACUGAAGCAAGCAAAGCUCAAAAGAGAUGAGGUUUCAAUACAGCACAUCAGGAAAGAAUUGGCCGAGCUGUCCAGAAAAAGUAGACCUUUGACUUAAUCAAGCUCUGAAUCCCCUUUUGUUGUAGGAAAUUUCCCAGUAUCAGUGGCACCCAAAUCAAUGGCUUAAAUGAGCGAUUUUCAACCUGUUUGUUGCGACAAUUUUUAAAACAUGCAGUACCCAACUAGUCAGGGGCACUGACCUCUUUUCCCUUAGGUUGUUAAAUAAAAAAAAUUACAACAGCCAACACAACAGUAGCCAUCCAGUGUGAAUGAAUCAAAAUUAUACCUAUUACUUUGUCAGAUUGGCAAAAAAUAUAUUUUUUUGGUGUGCUGCAGAAUUUUCAUAUUUAGUUUAUGUGCCACGAGAUGGAGUUGAAAAUCACUGGCUUAAACCCUUUGUCCUUGAUCCUCAAGUGUCCUCAGCUUGGCCUCUGUGCAGGACAGGUUAAACACUGCACCUCCGCUUGUUUUUUACAGGAAAAGCAACUUUCACACCUGACUUUGACUUCUAAAGAUGUCAAGUAAUUUUUCAGUGUAGCAUACUUAGGUGCUCCAUGCAGGUCUAAUUGUAGAUUAAGAUGGGUCAGUUUCCCCUGGGUGGGUGUAUAAUUCACACAGGCAUCUCUGCCAUAAGAACAAAUCACAGAGCAGCCACCUGCACCCAGAACCUCACCACAGGGUAGGCACUACCGCAUUCCUGGGGUGCUGACGUGCACCAUAGGCCCAGCAGGAGUCGCUGGCCUGGACCCGACUCCUGGCUUUGGAAUGGGGUCUCGGUACCCUCAUUUGUAAAGUAAAGGACAAAAGAGAUUCUUUCUUGGCCACGGGAGAAGGUAUUUGGUCAAAUGAUCUAAAUGAAUAGAUUGCUGUGUUGAAAGAACUCUAUCAUUUUUCCUCAGACUAGAAAGUGUAUACAGAUACUCUUCAACUCAUCAUGAGUUAUGUCCUGAUAAACCUGUCAUAAAUUGAAAAUACCCUAAGUCAAAAACACAUUUAAUAUGCACCAGCCGGGUGGCUCAGUUGGCUGGAGUGUUGUCUCACGCACCCAAGUGUGCGGAUUCCAUUCCAGGUCAGGGCACAUACCUGGGCUGCAGGUUCCAUCCCCAGUUGAGGAGCUUUCAGGAGGCAACCAAUCGAAGUUUCUCUUUCUGUCUCCCUUCCUCUCUAAAAUCAAUAAACAUAUCCUCGGGUGAAGGUUUAAAAACAAGUAUUAAAUACACCUAACCUAGUAAAUAGUUUACCCCGCCAGUUUCUACUGAGUACCUAUCACUUUUGCACCUUCGUAAAAUUGAAAAAUUGUUAAGUCAAACCACUGAAAGUCCGACUGUCUAAAUACAAGAUGCAUAGAUGGGUGUUUUACCUUGCAAAGACCUGGUGGCCUCGGGGAAGGCAGUUUUUCUUCGCACCGUGAAGGAACACUUGUUACUGGUAUGCCUUUGGGGUUGGGUUAUGAGUGGGAAUGAUAAACUAUAUUUUUGGUUCCUAUGUACAUACUGGAAGAAUCCUUUCAUAAUAAAUUACUCUACAACAAUAUUGUA